AUGCCUCAUCUACUGCGGCAGAACCUGCUGUUGCCCAAUCCGCCCACGGUGGUCAUGCACGAUCCUCGCACCCACCUGAGGCACCUGCCGCCGGCCUACAGUCCCGCCCAGACUCCGCUGAGCAGGGAACGGGAUUUUGCCCCCCAGGUGCGCUAUCAUCUGGAGUCGCCACAUAAGCCGAAGUUUCGACCCUGCAAGGUCAUCUUUGUGGGCGAUUGUUCGGUGGGCAAAACAGCCAUUGUGAAUAGGUUUUGCUAUGACAAAUUCCAGUCGAACUACAAGGCCACCAUUGGCGUGGACUUUGAGCUGGAGAAUUUCAGUAUUCUGGGUCACAACUACAGUCUAGAAAUGUGGGACACUGCUGGUCAGGAGAGGUUUAAAUGCAUAGCAGGAGCUUAUUAUCGCAAUGCCAGUGUGAUUGUGGUAACCUAUGAUAUGUCGAAGAGGGAUUCCCUGGAAUCAGCUAAAAAGUGGCUGAACAGCGCACUCAACUACAAUACCAGCAAAAGACCCUUGAUCUUUUUAGUGGGCACAAAAGCAGAUCUCUUGACAAAAGAGGAGUUCGUGCGAAUGGAGCGACUGGCGGGCGUGGCAGCUGCCGAGCUCCAGGCGGAAUAUUGGUCCGUUUCAGCGCGAUCCGGCUUCAAAGUCACGGAAUUCUUUCAAAGGAUUGCUGGCCUAGCUUUCGAAGAAGCUGUAAAGCUGGAAAUAAAGUCAACUAAAAGUAAGCCACAGGAACAGGCAACUCAGGCAUCUGUUAAAUCGCAAACUUUUGAUUUACGUAACUUUUUUGGUAGUCGCUUCAGCUCUCAAAAAAGUGGCUGUUCCUGUUAG